AUGGACGACGACCAUGAAACGCAGAAUUCUGAGACACAUGAACUUCAGUCCGUAAUUCGUCCCGACCAGCCACAACACAUUCAGUUAUAUCUGAACCACUUACACCUCGGCCAAUAUCACAAGCAUCAAAAAGGCGUAACGACAAAUAAACGCUUUACAACGCCUUCAGAUGUUGACGACAAGUCUACGCUCAUUGGAAAAGCAUGGGCCUGCAAGUUAAAGGAACUUUCUCAAGAACAAGCAGUUGACGCAGAGAAACUAAUAAAUGAUAUUUUCUAUGAGGCGCAACUCGGAACUCUAAAUCGUUAUUGUACCUUGCAUAUACAACAUCCAUUAUACAAUCAGCAAAUACAACCGUGUUUACAACCAGGGUCAUCAUAUAAUCAUCAAAUCACGCCAUCUUUGCCGACGCCUCCUUUACAAACAGGACCAUCCUCUCAGCACCAGAUACAAUCAAGUUCACAAACAGGAUCGUAUUAUCAACAUACGCAACCAACACACACUCAACAACCUGCACAAGCUGACAUUCCAUCAAAAUUGUCGAAUUCCACUACAAAACAUCAAAACGUACCUACAGGUGUUUUUGACAUGGCUUCUACUUCAUCUGGCAAAAAGCGCACUUAUAAAGAAGCAUUUCUACAAUGGGGUUUCACAAGCAUCGUAGACAAAAAUAUAGAAAAGCCUCAGUGUGUUUUAUGUAAUAAAGUGCUUAAUCCAGAAAGCAUGAAACCGAGCAAAUUAAAAGAACAUUUUGCUAAAGUUCACAAGGAGUUCGCAGAUAAAAAUAUAGAUUUUUUUAAGAAAAAGGAGAGGAUUCUGAAGUCUUCCCGCAUGGAUUCAACAGGCAAUAUACAGAAAGCAAAUGAAUCAUGCCUUCAAGCUUCAUACAAAAUUGCUUAUCGCAUCGCACGUAAUAAAAAACCACACACUAUAGGAGAGGACCUCAUCAAACCUUGCUUGUUAGAUGCAGUAGCACUUGUUAUUGGUGAGCAACAUGUAGCUAAGAUUAAACAAAUCUCACUCUCAAACACUACUAUUCAAAGUCGCAUAUGUGAAAUGAGUGCCGAUAUUCUAGCAACCGUUAUUUCUGAAAUAAAGGAAAGUCAUAUGUUUGCGCUGCAGUUGGACGAGUCCACAGAUGUUGCUUCGUGUUCACAAUUAUUGGUGUUUACACGAUACAUUAAAGAUGAUGAUGUAAAGGAGGAAUAUUUGUUCUGCAAGUCUUUGCCCACUACUACUCGCGGCGAAGACGUAUUUCAAACGCUAAAAGAGUUUAUUGAGGAAAAUGGCCUAGACUGGUUAAAGCUGAUUGGUACUUGUACAGACGGGGCGCCUUCCAUGAUGGGCAUCCGCUCUGGUUUUCAGGCACUCGUGAAGCAAGUUGCUCCUCAAGUUUUCGGCUAUCAUUGCUUGAUACACCGUUACGCUUUGGCUGUGAAAACGCUUCCAUCAGAUUUGCUAAACACGUUGAGUGACAUAGUAAAAAUUGUUAAUCAUAUUCGAGGCAGCGCUACUAACUCAAGAUUAUUCAAAGUUUUGUGCGAUGAAGUUGGUGCUACAUUUAAUGCUCUUUUGUACCAUACAGAGGUACGUUGGUUAUCAAGAGGCAAAGUUCUAAGUAGGGUUUACGAAUUACGAGAAGAAAUUGGAUUGUUUUUUGAAAAUCAGAGAACACAAAAAGAAAAAGAAUAUUAUGCAAAAAUUAAAGACCAAACAUUUAUUCUAAAAAUGGCGUACCUUGCUGAUUUUUUCACUGAAAUUAAUAGUCUGAAUAUUUCACUGCAAGGAAAUGAAACGAAUAUUUUGACGUUGCAGGAUAAAAUCGCAAGUUUUUUGCGCAAAUUGGAACUUUACCAACGCAGAGUUCAAGCUGGUGAUGUGUCAAUGUUUACACAACUAAGUGAGCAAUUAGUAAAUAAUAAACAAGAGAAAAUCUCGUUUGAAAAUUCCGUGGUUCAACAUUUAACUGCCGUGAUAGACUCACUGCAGCAAUAUUUUCCGAACAUGGACAGUCGUGAGUCCUACUCCUGGAUUUUAAGACCAUUUUCUACUUGCGUCGAUAUUUUCAAGGACGAAGAUGUGUCAGCGAAAGUAGAGUUUCUCGGGCUGCGUGAGAAUAACUCAUUGAAAGUUGAUUUUCAAAAUGAUAAACUAAGCACAUUUUGGCGAAAAGCAGCUGCAGAAUAUCCCAUUAUAGCUGACAGAGCUUUAAAAAUGUUGAUUCCAUUUGCUACAACUUACAGAUGUGAAACUGGUUUCUCAACUCUUGUUACAUUAAAAACAAAAGCCAGAAACCGUCUGAAUGUUGAGCAUGACAUGAGAUGCGCGUUGAGUGAAACCGAACCUAAUAUUGUCAAACUUGCGAAUGCAAAGCAAUUUCAACCUUCACACUAG